CCUGGAAGAAUUGCGCUCCGUCAGUGCGCCCUGCCUGCCAGUCGGAGGAUGGGGAUUUUUUUUCCAUUCAUCCACGUCCCCUUUUUCCCUCCUCCUUCUCUCAAACAAGCCAGUCGGUCUGUCAAUGUGCUGCGAGCAUUAGGGCAAGUCAAACCAGUGGGAUUUUGAGGCAGAGAGACGGAUGAGAUAACGAAUGAAGCGCUUUUCCUCCGGCCGAGAAGCGAAUCCAAAUGAUGCGCUACAUCAGAUAGGCGUCGAUUUCCAACCGGGACUGAUGCUCACAACUCGCAUCUUAUUUUUUUAAUCACUUCACAAGUUUCGAGUCGGCCUUUUUGCGACAUUAUGAGAGUGGGGAUGCUUUUCUAGCGCUUUGGUUUGUUUCUCGCAGUUUUCUCGUGCUGUGAAUUGAUUCUUGGACUCCUCAUUGAUUUGGAUCCGGAUUUUUUUUUAUUUUAUUUUCAACAAAUCCAUUGCAUAAGGAUUUGCGGAUUUACAACCCGUGCUGAACCGGUGUGUUUUUUUAUUUUCUAUUUUUACAAAGGAGAAUAAGGAUUGCAAUGCGCAUUGACUAAGCCCACCGAGCAUCAACAUGUCUUUAUGAGGAUGGAGCUGUGGACACGAGUGACAUCUUUUCCGUUUUAAACGUUACCUUCACAGUUUUUGGUCUCAUAUCGACUGUUUUCUUCUCACUGACUCAAUAUAUUUCUUCUCAGUCCAGCCUAAUAUGUUGGAAGGUAGAUCUUCUUUCGAGAAAACAAGGUAAUGGGAGAGAAAUCACACAGAGUCGGCACAGAGAACAAGGGAACAUUGUUCGGAAAAAGACAAUUAGGGCGCACCGAAAGGCAACAGAAAUAGCUCCUGGGUGGCGAUAAAUUUGAGAAAAUUCGAUUCAGUGGAGUUAUAUUUGAGCUGAGGAGCACUGCUUUGGAAAAAGGAGGACUAAUGACAAAUUAAUGGGAAAGUCAUGGGAUUGGCACUGAAAUAGUACGACCGUGGACGCGCAGAAAAACCGUCGUAUUUGGAGAUCCAGACGCACGGAUUGAACAAGUUUCUCCUGCACAUUUCGGUCUGAUUUUGCUUUGAUCCAGUCCAAUUUGAUGAAUAGUGGAUCCAUGAGGUUGUAUACAGCGGGCUUUCACUCCACACUUUGACUGCCUCUACCUAUAGCCUGCUCGGCUGUAGUCGCACAUCCAUUGUUUUGAGAAUCUCCUUGCUACAGCAUUGAAAACACAGAAAAUAUUGCCCAUUGCUUUUAAAUGGGGCUGCAUAUGCUGGGUGUCAGGGUUGAAAUGGCGUGUCGAGGAAGUGGGAAUGGAUUGUGGAUCCUGCUGAUAUUCGUACUGGAUUUACUGGGGACGACGGCCAGCAAUAUGGAGCCCAUCUACUGGAAUUCCCUGAACGAAAGGUUCGGGGACGAUAAGGGCUACGUUCUGUACCCUCAGAUCGGGGACCGGCUGGACCUCAUCUGCCCUCCUCUGGACACCGCCAGGUCCACGCCAGAGUACGAGUUCUACAAGCUCUACCUCGUGUCGUCACGGGAACAGGCGGACCGCUGCGAGGUGAUGGGCCCCCCCAACAUCGUGCUGACCUGCGACGAGCCCACCCGCGAACGUCGCUUUACCAUCAAGUUCCAGGAGUUCUCGCCCAACCUGUGGGGCCACGAGUUCAAGAGCAUGCAUGACUACUACAUCAUCGCUACAUCAGAUGGGACGCGUCAAGGCCUGGAUAGCAUGAGAGGCGGAGUGUGUGCCACGCAAGGCAUGAAGGUGGUCCUGAAAGUGGGGCAGAGCCAAUAUGGGCUUCCUCCAAAGAAGGAGCCGCCAGCGGGACGCACCACCAGCAGAAACCCAGGCGGAGCAGGGAACUCCACCCAGUCUCGAGGACCCAACAGCUUCGGGAGCGAGGGCAGCGGGGAGAACGGGCCCCUUCAACCCUCCAACAUCGCCCUCAUCGCCGGCGCCGCGGGAGGCUCCGCCUUCCUCCUGCUCGUCACGGCCGUCAUCUGCGUGGUGUGUUACAGGCGGCGGCAUGCCAAGCACUCGGACACCCACCACCCUCCACUGUCGCUGUCAUCGCUCACCAGCCCCAAAAGGGGAGGGGGCGGGGGCAUCAGCAGCUCCAACAACAAUGGUUCCGAGCCCAGCGACAUCAUCAUCCCCCUGCGGACGUCGGACUCGGCCUACUGCCCGCACUACGAGAAGGUGAGCGGAGACUACGGACACCCCGUCUACAUCGUCCAGGAGAUGCCGCCUCAGAGCCCAGCCAACAUCUACUACAAAGUAUGAGACGGCCACCGCUACGGCCGACUGGACACAUCCACCUCCCUCUACCCAUUACCGACCAAUCCUCUGCUCCAAAUGAAGCCACAGCAAAGCUCGCCAUCACAGCUUCGACCCUGAACCCCUCAAUACUACCAGUAUUGUCCCAUGGACCCACCCAACCCCCACUCACUGCCCCGUGAGCCCGGCCACAGUUGUGUUUCUAGCUGAAUAAACCACCCCACCCCAUUCUCACACAACUGGGCCACCAAGUGUGUGUUAAGGGCAAAGUCGUAGCCCUUCUUAACAAGGCCCUCACGAAUGGGCAAGAGCCUCUGAGUGCCCCCUUGUUGUUAACUCAGAUCUAAACGAGACCCACCAGUGCUGAAUAGAAAAGUGGUCCCCAUAACACCAGUAUGUGUACGUGUGUGUGGCCACACACUUUAUUUCUAGGAGUAUGGACCUGGCGUUGGGACUUGAGAUGUUUUACAAAAGAGAAAAAAAAGAGAAAGAAAAGGACUAAAAAAAAACUACACCCUUGAUCCCACUUAGCGCCAGAGAACUCUGAUCCCAGAGGCCAUACCUGCCUAGCCCCCCGCCCCACCCCCUCAGAGCGCCAUCAGCCAACCAGAGACCGGCCCCUGCCACUAACUCACCAAUAGGAUUCUAGUUUGUUUGUGUUUGUUUCUCCUGAGAAAACUAGGGGCCUCGGACUCACCCAAUCAGCAAGCCCGGGCGGCGGUCACAUGACCAGGCCCAGGCCUGAGGAGGCCUGACCAAUCGGUGACACUCAGAAUCUUGUAUAUUUUAAUAAUGUGUGUGUGCGUGAGUGUGACUGUGCGAGUGAGCAUACAACUUGGAUAAUAAUUAUGGCGCUGCUGCUCCACAUUAGACGUGUGUGUGCAGUUAGUGUGCUUCAGUACAGCAAGUUUGCAUAUGAGUUUGCAUAUGCGCGCGUGGGGUUUAGUUUGUGUGUGCGUGUGCGCUUUGUGUGUGAGUGACUGUGCGUACGCGUGCGUUCUUUAGACUUGUCUUAAAUACCAAAACACAAAAUAGUGAGCGAAUAUCAAAAAAGUGAGAUUUUUUAUCGCUAUCAACACUUAUAGAUUAUAUAUAUGAAUAUCCAGUAAAUAAUUUCUAGAUGUUUCUUUUCUGUUUUUUAUUAUUUUUACCCACUCUGUUAAACUACACUUCUGCUAGACAUUUUUUAUCUGCUGUUUUUGUUUUUCACAACUUAGAACGACCUUCCUUUUCCCUUUGCGUUGUAUAUUAAUUUAAUCCCUUUUUUAAUUUUCCUGGCGAACAGAGGUUGUGUCUCUCUUCCUCUCUUCCCUCUCUCAUUCACUCCCUCCCUCCCCCUUUUUCUCCCCUCCCCUCCCCUCCCACCCCUCUAGGGUCUCCGAACUCUGUGUAUAUUUUUAUAGCUCCUUGUACUAUGCUGUAGUUUUGAAGUUUAGACCUCGUUUGUGGAAGUGUUGAGGUAGAACCAUCUAUGAAAGUUUUUUUUUUUUUUUUUUUUUCAAACGCUUUUUUUGAAACGCAGAAAAGAAGUGAGGGGUGGGGAAGGGUGGGGAAGAGGGUGGGAGGGUGAGAGGGGAUGAAAUGAAAAAGAAGAAUAAAGGGAAAAGAACAGGGCAAGAGAGAGUGCUGUCUGGGGAGGAGGAAUAAAGCGGCGUCUGAAUGCAGAACUUUAAAAAAAAAGAGAGAAAGAGAGGAAGGGAGGGAGGGAGGGAGACAAGGAAAAGAAAAGACUGUGAAGGAAUUGCACACUAAAGAAAAAGAAGCUGAGGGGAGGGGAGGAUGGGAGCGGCAGGAGUGAGAGAUGAAGGAUCCUAAGGAAAGAAGGAAGGAUGGAGAGUGGCUGGCAAAGGAGAGAAACAUUUUCUAUGAACGGAGGGUCCCGGCCUCCUCGACGGAGGCCAUGGACCGACAGCCAAAACGGAUUUCGAAGGAACUUUAACCAUGGAAAGGAGAGAUCUCAUCACACACACACAUCUGCUGUGACCCAGUCACACUAAAUGUUAACAUGAGGUGGCACAUUUCAGAUUUGCUCCUUUUUUCCGCCAAAAUUUGUGUUGAAAUGCAUCUCUGUAUCGCACACACACUCGUUUAAAGGCACACACACUGCUAGCUGCGGACACACAUACAGAAGACCCCCCCUCCAGCGGUACACACUCAGUUUGAUACACACAAACCCUCCCACGCAACCUAACACAAAUUUCACACCUUUUAAUGACUGUCACAAAUGCCUACUGAUUACAUACAUUCUGUGUCGCUACCGCUUGCUUUCUCACACACUUUUCACCCACACUUCGACAGAAAUGCUGAUUGCUUUCAUAUGACUCUGUUUCUGUGAUUAAGACUAACCCCGACGGACAUGGGAGGGAUGAAAAGAGCGCUUGUGUGCGGUGUGUUUUCUCCUCUCUUUCACACACCCUCACGCCCUCACAUACACACACACACACACACACACACACACACGCUAGUGCCCAGCACCUCAACCUUCGAGGGCAAUAACACAACUCUGUGUUCAGAGGUGCAAUAUGUUCACAUGUGCAUACUUAAAAAAAAAACGAACCUGUUUUGUGUUGCUCAAACAUGUUUAUGGCUUAUGUGUAAAAUGGGUGGCAGUGGAGCUUUUCUUUUCUUCACACACAAACACACACACGGUGAUGUAGCCAUGUUUUCUGUGUGAAACCAGUGUUAAAUCUGGACCUUAAACAUUUCUCAACUGUGUUUUGUACCUAACAUCAUAUAAUGAGAUAUCUUUUAAGUGUCACAUUCGUCUGAAAUGGCUUUGUUCAACACAUGAUAUGUUUUUAUACCAUGAUUGAGUCUGGAUUGUAUUUGACUGUAUCAAAAUUGAUUUUCAAAGAUGAAAUGAGGUGGCAAACACCUCAAAUUCUUCUUUUUGUACAACUGCCGACUUGUGUUUUUCCUUUUUUUUUUAUG